CUUGCCCAGGCCGCCAUGUUUGUGCAGGGCGCGGCCCUCCCUGCCCACAGAGGGGCGGACAGCUGUGCUCGGAAGGGAGCAGAGGCGCGGAGGGGCGAGCGGGAGGACCCUCCUCACCACAGCCGGGAGAAGGCAGCGGAGAGAGGGGCCGCAACCCGGCUCCCACACCGGCCGCUGCGCUCCCUCCGCGCAUCGCAUCUCUCUGCCCUUCUCAAAGAUGGCAGCGCGGGAUUCGCCCCGYUCCAAGAUGGCGGCGGGGCRGCCCCGCCCCGGGGCGGUGGAGCGGCGGUGCUCGGUGCGGCCAGGGUGCCCUUGCGGCGGGCCGGGGGCCCGGGGCGCGGGGCCAUGCUCGCCUUGGUGGCCAGGGCUGCGGCCAGGCCCUGUGGCCUGCUGAAGCCGACGGCUCUAGACAAGAUCACAGGCAGAUUCCAGCUCCACCAGGAAGCGCUGCCCCACCUGCCCGUGCCACCACUGCAGCAGACACUGGACCGGUACCUGCUGGCCCUGCAGCCCAUCAUCAGCCCCGAGGAGCUGAGCCACACGCAGGAGCUGGUGGCUGAGUUCCGCAAGCCGGGAGGCGUCGGGGAGAGGCUGCAGAAAGGCCUGGAGAGAAGAGCCAGGAAAUCAGAGAAUUGGCUCUCAGACUGGUGGCUGAAGACAGCUUACCUGGAAUAUCGCCUGCCAGUUGUGGUCCACUCCAGCCCAGGUGUGGUUUUACCUAAGCAGGAUUUUCUGGAUCGACAAGGUCAGCUCAGGUUUGCUGCCAAGCUGAUCGAGGGUAUGCUGGAUUUCAAGACCAUGAUUGACAAUGAGACCCUWCCAGUAGAGUACAUGGGUGGGAAGCCCCUCUGCAUGAACCAGUACUACCAGAUCCUCUCAUCCUGCCGCAUUCCUGGGCCCAAGCGGGACUCCAUUGUCAACUAUGCCAAAGGCAAAAAGCAGUCCAGACACAUCACAGUGGUUCACAAUUUCCAGUUCUUUGAGCUGGAUGUUUACAACGCUGAUGGAUCUCCCCUUACUGCUGAGCAGCUCUUCAUUCAGCUGGAGAAGAUUUGGAGCACCUCCCUCCAAACAAACAAAGAACCCAUUGGGAUUCUCACCACCAACCACCGAAACAGCUGGGCAAAAGCCUACAACAACCUCCUGAAAGAUAAGACCAACAAGGAAUCUGUUCGUGCCAUUGAGAGGAGCAUCUGCACUGUUUGCCUGGAUGCCCCCAUGCCCCGGGUGUCCGAGGACAUCUACAAGAGCCGCGUGGCUGCGCAGAUGCUGCACGGYGGCGGCAGCCAGCUGAACAGCGGCAACCGAUGGUUUGACAAAACUCUGCAGUUCAUCAUUGCUGAAGAUGGCUCCUGUGGUCUUGUAUAUGAGCAUGCUCCUUCUGAAGGCCCACCCAUCGUUGCUCUUCUGGACCACAUUGUGGAGUUCACGAAGAAACCCGAGGUGGGCAAAUCGCCCACGGUUCCUCUGCCAAUGCCCAAAAAGCUGCGGUUUAACAUCACCCCAGAAAUCAAGAAUGACAUAGAGACGGCAAAGCAAAACCUCAACAUAAUGGUUGACGAUCUGGAUAUCAAAGUCAUGGUCUUUCAUCACUUUGGGAAAGGUUUUCCCAAGUCAGAGAAGAUAAGCCCUGAUGCUUUUAUCCAGUUGGCCUUGCAGCUGGCAUACUACAGAAUGUAYGGCCAUGCCUGUGCCACGUAUGAGAGCGCAUCGCUGAGGAUGUUCCGCCUGGGCCGCACCGACACCAUCCGCUCCACCUCUGUGGACUCACUCAAGUUUGUGCAAUCCAUGGACAGCCCUGACAAAUCGGACCAGGAGAAAGCAGACCUGCUGAGGAAAGCAACGCAGGCCCACAGGGAAUACACAGACAUGGCCAUACGGGGCAACGCAAUAGACCGGCACCUCUUGGGGCUGAAGCUGCAGGCAAUCGAGGACCUGGUGAGCAUGCCUGAGAUCUUCAUGGACACAGCCUAUGCUGUUGCAAUGCACUUCAAUCUCUCAACCAGCCAGGUCCCAGCCAAGACAGAUUGUGUGAUGUGUUUUGGUCCCGUGGUUCCAGAUGGCUACGGAGUCUGUUACAACCCUAUGGAGGAACACAUCAACUUUGCAGUUUCAGCCUUCAAUAGCUGUGCUGACACAAACGCAGCCCGCAUGGCACAUUAUCUUGAGAAAGCACUGCUAGACAUGAGGAUCUUGCUCCAGGCUGCUCCCAAAUCCAAACUGUAAGAGGCAAACCCCCCAGUUAAAGGGGCUAUCCCUGAUGCACUGAAGCUCCCAGUUCCUCAGAAAACGAUUCAGAGAACAGCUUGCCCUGGAACUUAAGAGGAUAUCUACCAUUUGUUUUCAGCAAGAUGUUACACAGUAGUCACCCACAGAUAUCAGACUCUGUAGUGAGAGGAAACACGGUCUCAAGGCAAAGUAAAACUGACUGGUCCUCUCCCAUCAAUGCAAAGUGCACCUUCCUGUCCUGAAAGAGGACUCAAGUAUGAUUUUAAUGAAAAUUAUUUUAAGGGAAUACAGAAAGCACAGUCCUUACCAGUAUCUAAAUGCAUUUGGUGAGGAAGGUAGUUCUUAUCCAGGAAAAGCAGGGAAUAUAUAUCAUAUGACAAACUGCUGUAAGACCAAGUCCUUUUUCUGUUGUGUCUUCUGAAGAACGUCUUCCAAACCUGACUGAAAGUAUUUCUGCUGCUCCAGCAAAACUUCAUCACUGAACUUCAGCGAGGGGAGAAGGAAGUUAUGCCAGAGAAGAGCCAAUCCUGUUAGAGUGCACUGCACUACUUAUCCCAGGCACUCCAACCAGUAGGGGCUUUACAGGAAUGUUUCCUUCCCCUUGUUCAGGACGCUGGGAUCUUCUUUCUCUUGCACUGACCCUCUUAACAACAGAACAUUACUUGCUACAAACUAAGGUGAUUUUUGUUGUUUCAGGGUAUUUUUGUUGUUGUUCAUGCUCUGAACUUUUUGUUUCCUGCCAUUGUCCUGCCAUUAAUCUUCCAGCUCAGCCUAAAGCUUUUUCCCCAUAAAGCUUCUACAAAAGUCUCCUMAUGUAAGUUUUGCCAGCUUUGGCUUUAUGUACCUUCACACCUGCAGARAUGAGAAGGGAUUUCCUAUGCAUUUAACAGGACACUUGCUCCACUGUACCUUUCUUUAGAGCUGAGGAAAAGAAGAAGAUACUGACUGUUUACUAACCAGAAGGCCACGUGCCUGAUGUCCUUAAGGACACACACAUUAACCCAAUGUGGUUUUAUACCUUGCUUUCAGAAACAGCUUUUUUGUGCACAAUGUUAUGCCUGAGCUGUGGACAAAUAAGGAUGUUUCUGAUCAGGAACUCAAGAACAUAUUUCUAUUCCUGCCCCCCAAAGUUAAAAUCUGUGAAAGGCCAAUGCAAGAAGAGCUGCAGAAUCACCCUUCUUUCAUACCACUCUACUUUAACAAGGCAGAAAAUCUUGAAAAAACAGGAAAAAAGAUGGGUACAUAUAGACCCUAUAGGUGUUUCUGCACUGUGGCAGCCUCUAUUCCUGCAGUAACAGCACAGCACCUUUUCUGCUACUCUGGAGAGUUAUUUCUUAUUGAAAUAUUACUCGUUUGUGCCAGCUUUAUUCUGUGAGAGAAUGAWCUCACGAUACUGUUUUCAUGUUCAGUUGACAAACGUGAGACA